UGGGGCUAUGCUGUCUGGGUUGUGCCCCAGAGCAGGGACCAGAACCUACUAGUGCUUUUGCAGGGCAAGAUGCAGUGAUCGCCCCAGAGGAGUGUAUUGAGCUGCUGCUGUGUGGAAUGGGAGGCGUGUUACCUUUGCAGCGAAGUACCCCAUCCAGUGUUUACCCAGAAACAGGCAUGGGGAGUUUCUCCUUCACGGGUUCCUUUGGCGGCAGAGGCUCUUCGUUUGAUGCAGCCACUGAAAUGACGGUCGCUUUUCCUUCCUUCAUCCAGAUGAACCUGAGGUGGUUGGGGAAGUUCCCAGAACAGCUCCCAACCCGCCCCAAAUGACUGCCCCUGCUGGACCAGCAGCUGUCAAGCCAACAGGUGGCUUAUGUUUGCUCGGUGCGUACGCAGACAGUGACGAUGAGGAGGGAGAGGCACCUGAGAAAUCGGUGCCGUCCACAGAUGCCAACGGCAACAAUUCGACAGAUAUUGACAGUACGCUGGCAAACUUCCUGGCGGAGAUUGAUGCCAUUACCGCUCCGCCCCAGCCUACUGGAUCCACUGCUGCCUCUGCCGCGCCCCCGCCAACUCCGCCACGCCCAGAGCCCAAGGAUUCUGCCUCCAGCCAUCCCUCGGCUACGGCGAACGGCACGGGCUCCGCCCAGUCGGCGGAGUGGCAGUAUGACACCCAGUGCUCGUUGGCAGGAGUGGGCGUGGAGAUGGGAGACUGGCAAGAGGUCUGGGAUGAGAACACCGGCUGCUACUAUUACUGGAACACGCGGACCAAUGAGGUGACCUGGGAGCUGCCGCAGUAUCUCGCCACCCAGGUCCAGGGGCUGCAGCGUUAUCAGCCCAGCUCUGCGGCAGGCGGGGAAGGGAGUUUCCUGGUGGCGGCAGAUCUGUACCCUCAGGAGAAAGGGGUCGCUGUUGCCAGCAUUAGCCGCGGGACUCUCCUACCCAAGCGAGAGGUGAAGAAGGAGGUGAACGAAGGCGUCCAGGCCCUCUCGAGCAGUGAGGAGGAGAAGAAGGGGGUGGCAGCGUCCCUGCUGGCUCCCCUGGUGCCCGAGGUGGUGAAGGAGGAAGAGGAGCGCUGGAGGAGGAAGGUGAUCUGUAAGGAGGAGGUCGAGCCAGUGCUGGAAGAGAAGGCAGCUGCAGAGGAAGUGGCAGUGGCCGCUGAGGAUCCGGACCCUUGCAAGGAUGCUCUGGAAGACCCUUCCCAGGAGGGUCUGUGCAGCGUGGUGCAGUCAGGGGAGAGCAGUGAGGAGGAGCAGGACACGCUGGAGCUGGAGCUCGUGUUGGAGAGGAAGAAGGCGGAGCUGCGAGCCUUGGAGGAGGGCGAUGGCAGCGUCUCGGGUUCCAGCCCGCUCUCCGAUGGGAGCCAGUCAGCAUCACACGACCCAGUGCCCAAGCCGCCCUCCAAGCAAGGGAAGUGGAAGCUUUUUGUCGGGGCUGCCAGCCCAGAGUCCACCAGCCGCAGCUCUAGCAAGGCUGGCCGAGAGACUCCUGAAAUCAAGGAAGCAGCAGUGAGUGCAGAAGCCACUGAGGAGACGUCGGACAAAGAGCAGGAGCCAGAGGAAGUCCAGGACAAAGUGAAACCUCAGGGGGCACCCAAAGCAGAGGAGGAGGAGCAGGACCUGAAGUUUCAGAUCGGAGAGCUGGCAAAUACCCUGACUAGCAAACUGGAGUUCCUGGGCAUCAACAGACAAUCCAUGUCCAACUUCCACAUGCUGCUGUUGCAGACCGAGACCCGUAUUGCGGAUUGGCGCGAAGGAGCUCUCAAUGGAAACUACCUCAAACGCAAACUGCAAGACGCAGCUGAACAGCUAAAACAGUAUGAAAUAAACGCCACUCCUAAAGGCUGGUCCUGCCACUGGGACAGGGACCAUAGGCGCUAUUUCUAUGUUAACGAGCAGACAGGAGAGUCCCAGUGGGAAUUUCCAGAUGGCGAGGAGGAAGAGGACGGGCCGGCCCCGGACAGUAAAACCGAGGCUGCUCCCAAAUCGGCUCCGAAAGAGAAAGCUGAGCCCAGUGGUGACUCUACAAUGGAGAACACCACAGGUCCUCUCAGCAAAGACACCUUCUCUGGCCAGGCUUCCGCUUCGUCUCUCGUGCCGCUCACCCCGUUCUGGACGCUGCUCCAGUCCUCUGUCCCUGUGCUCCAGCCCCCUCUGCCCUUGGAGGUGCCCCCACCUCCGCCGCCUCCUCCAGAGUCACCACCGCCCCCUCCACCGCCGCCGCCCCCUCCUGGGGAGGACGGAGAGAGGCAGGAGGUAGAGAUGGAGGAUGAGGAAAGCGAGGAACCGCCAGCCCCAGGAACUGAGGAAGAUGCUCCCCUGAAACCUCUUCGCCCAGCCGUCACCAGCAGCCAGAGUAACUCCGGAGGCAGCGCGCCUGCUGCCCCCUCCACUAAACCGCAGAAGAGGAAAGCCGGCGAGAUGAGCACAGGGCUGGUGCAGCGAGCAGCGACCAUCGGCAGCUGUCCCGUUCUCUACAGCCAGCCCAUCGCGGCUGCCAGUGAGUACCAGGCCCGGCGCGGCUUCUGCAAGGCCAGGCUGCUAGCGUCUGCAGGGAGCAGCUGGGGACAUACCGACCUCCAUCUCUCUGCUGUGUCUGCAGGCCCGCAGCCCACGGGACUGAGCCUUCAGCAAAGUUACCUGGGCAUGACCGUGCCAGCCAUCGUGGGCUAUUCGGAGUGUGCCGUGCCCUCUCGGCUCGCGGCCACCAUGGCGCAUCCAGCCCCUCCACGGGGAGCCCUGCCUGCCAAGGGGGCCAUGGAGCAGCAGCCGCCGCCCCCACCUCCGCCACAACCGCCACCCCCGCCUCCCCCCGCCACCAAACCGCUGCCUCCUGAGAAACCUCGCAAGGGGAAAAAGGACAAGGGCAAGAAGGGGAAAGCAAAAAUGCCCUCGCUAGUGAAGAAGUGGCAGAGCAUCCAGCGGGAGCUGGACGAGGAGGAGAACUCCAGCUCCAGCGAUGAGGACCGGGAGCUCACCUCUCAGAAGCGCAUCGAGGAGUGGAAGCAGCAGCAGCUAGUGAGUGGCAUGGCGGAGAGGAACGCCAAUUUCGAGGCCCUGCCAGAGGACUGGCGCGCACGGCUCAAGCGGAGGAAAACCACUUCGAGCACAUGAGGCCACCGGCACUGUUUUGUUUUGUUUUUUUACACGUGUACAGUUUAGAGCCUCUUACCGAUACGACUGUUGUCAAUAAAUUGUAACCGUUUGGGGCAUCCUGUUUCAGUUGAAUGGGCUGAUGCAGAAUCCCCCUAAGCCGGGACCUCUCUGGGAGUGGCAGGUGUGGGGAGGUGACAGGCCUGUUAGGGGUUGGGCAGCCCUGACCCGCCCUGUGCUCACCCUUUGGCUCCUCCUGACACAGCAGGAGGGCAUGAAUUGUGCAUUGGAGGUUGGGCUCCGGCAAUGACUGCAUGGGAUGGGCCUGCCUCCUGGGUAGUGCUGUGCCUGGCCAGUAGAGCGGAGUCCAGCACCCUUUUCUUGCCCCUUGCAGUUCAAGGAGGAAAAAACUGCUCUUCCCAGGUGUUCAGACCUAGUUCUCUGAUGCCUCCUGGCAUAGCCAUGCCCAGCAUCUGUGCCCUGCUGUGGCCCUGUCGGAACCUGUGUGUGCAGUUCUCCUGUCAGCCAGCCCUUGGCCCAGACAUCCCUUAGAGCUCCCCUUUCGCUCGAUUCCAGGCUGUGUCUGCAGGUCCAAGGGCAGAGACUAGACAUGUCCACUUUGCCAGGGCCAUGAAACCUUUUGUUGGCCAUUGCUAAGUCCCAUGGGUUGAGAGGCCUCAUGUCCGGAACCGCUCGUGGAAAAACGUUGCUGUUCUUUCUCUAGUUUCCCUAGGCCCACCACCCUUCGCUCCCCCUCAGCCGCCUGGUUUCAGCAAAGGUGGCAUUUUGUCCAUUUUAAGCUCCCUCCCCCUUUUUCUUUGGCUCAGAAUCAGGUAAAAAUCAUUUUCUUCCCACGGAAGGGAAGGCCGCUCGGGUUUCCAGACAUUCGUAUUUCUCCAAGUUUUGGCUUUGUAAAUGUGUACAUAGACAUGAAUAAAAUCCCUUUUAUACUUCAAA